UCGGAAGGGAAUACUAUACAUGGAUGAAAAAGGCGAAUGUUAAAGCGGCAUAGUUCAGCGCCUACUGCAUUUUGGAGCGAUGGCUGCUGCCGUCAGUAAGGUUUCCGGCGACAUCAUCUCGUCAAGCUUCGAUCGUAUCCGACCACCGUCUCCGCCGCCUCCUGAUUCUUCCCUUCUCUUAGCUACCAGACCUUCAAGACACGCGGUAUCGUAUUGGACGUGUUCAAAGCUUUGUGCAAUUUGCUUUGUUGCUGGAAUGGUUUUCGGAUACUCUCUCAGGGGACGAGUCAAGCGUUGGGCUUCUAACAUCCUCAAGAAGCUCAACUGAAACAUAAUUGAAUUGCAGGUAGUCGUUUAGUUCGAUCACGGUUCACUUUCAUAGAUUUAUGUGAAAGAAUAGGUAAUCGUUUAGUUUCAAUUUUUCUUCGUUUUUAGAUGUUCCGUGACGGUUUAUGUUUUGUAAGGAUUUUGGGAUGAGUUUGAAAGUCACGGAUUCAACUACAAACCUA